ACUAAGUCACUAAAAAGAGUAGACCCACAAUUAUUUCGCCUUGUUUGAUCUUUCAAGUUUCAACCACACGCAUUCAAAGCUUCAAAACCUCUCUUCCUCUCUGUUCUUUUCCAGGUUUUUGUUGCAUUCCCAUCACGAUCACGAGGAGAGCUGUAAACAACAACCCCCCCCCCCCCUCUCUCUCUCUGGUUUCGAGAAGCUGACAUUAGUGGCAUUUGCUGCAUCACACUGACAGUCCCUCGCCAACUCUCCAACACCUAUCUCUUGUUCUAAUAACCCAUUUAAAGCCUCUGCAGGCACCGAUCAAGUUUCAAGAACAGAAGCUUCAUGCACUCGCCCACGACCACGAGGUUGACUGCCCAAAUCCAAAUUACGCGUUUUACGCCAAACGAGGCAGAGUUCUUCAGCUACACGAGGCAAAGUCUGUCGUCACCCGCCGGAGAAAUUCAAUACAUUCAUGAACCAUCGCUAGCAGAAAUCAGUGAUGAGCUGAUCAUAUGCUGAUAUCGAGAGAGUGAGAGUCACUAAUAUGGAAGCAGCGGGCUUAACUGUUUUUAAGAAGCCGUGCUUCAUCUCUCAAGCUUUUCUCUCAGCCUCCUCAUUCGAACAGAGACGUUAGAUAGAGGCUUCAGUUUCGGCGGAAAUGGCGACGAGAAACUCCGUUUUAUCUCAUAUUUUUCUGGUUCUGUUGUUGGGUUUAUCAUCUGUGUUCGUUUCGUGCAAGGACGACGAUGUCGACUCAUCAGACUUGUCGACGACUCUAAGAGUUCUUCUGGAGGUGAAGAAAUCCUUCGUUGAAGACCCAUUAAACGUUUUGGACGAUUGGUCUGAAGACAACCCCGAGUUCUGCACUUGGAGAGGAGUUUCCUGCGGAUCGGACACCGUUGAUGGCUCGUAUGACGUGACGGGUCUCAACUUAUCCGACUCGUCACUUGCCGGGUCGAUAUCACCUUCACUCGGUCUCCUGCACAACCUGCUCCACCUUGAUCUGUCCUCUAACCGUCUCACGGGCCCCAUCCCACCUCAGCUAUCUAACCUCUCUUCACUUAUGUCUCUGUUUCUCUUCUCUAACCAACUCUCUGGGACGAUUCCCACCCAACUCGGCUCGCUCACCGGUCUACAAUUCCUACGAAUCGGCAACAACGAUCUUACCGGUUCUAUCCCAAGUUCCUUUGGAAACCUUUCCAACUUGGUAUUCCUUGGCUUAGGCACCUGUAAUCUCAACGGCCGGAUUCCUCCAGAACUCGGUCAACUUGGCCAUGUUCAGACACUUAAUAUCCAAGAAAAUUAUCUAGAAGGUCCUCUUCCACCGGAGCUGGGCAACUGCACGAGCCUUGUUACAUUCACCGUGGCUCUCAACAAUCUCACUGGACCGAUUCCACCUGAAUUGGGUCGUCUUAGCAAUCUCCAAACUCUAAACCUUGCCAAUAAUACUUUGUCAGGAGAGAUUCCGAGCCAGCUAGGUGAGUUGAGUCAACUCCUUUAUAUCAAUUUCAUGGGGAAUCAGCUUGAGGGCCAAAUUCCAAAGUCUCUGGCACAGUUGAGUGGUCUUAAGAAUCUCGACUUGUCCUAUAACAGGUUGACGGGAGAAAUCCCAGAAGAACUGGGUAAAUUGGACAAGCUGCUGGACAUGGUGUUGUCAAACAACAAGCUCUCUGGUACUCUGUCAAGCAAUCUCUUCUCAAACACCACCAGUUUGGACCAAAUAAUUUUAUCUGAUAACGCGUUGGUUGGGAAAAUCCCAGCAAGUUUACGGGAAUGCCGGUCACUGACACAGUUGGAUUUAGCUGACAAUCGGUUCGAAGGACCGAUACCCAUUGAAUUGUUCGACCUCCUUGAUCUAACUGAUCUCUAUCUCCACAACAACAGCCUGGUUGGGACGAUUCCUCCAUCAAUUGGAAACCUCAGCAAUCUUCGAACAUUAGCUCUGUACCACAACAACUUACAUGGAGGUCUGCCACAGGAGAUUGGGAAGCUGGGGCAGCUUGGAACUCUCUAUCUCUAUGAAAAUCGGCUGUCGGGGGAGAUUCCUAUAGAGAUCACCAACUGUUCGAGAUUGCAGAUGCUCGAUCUUUACGGAAAUCAGUUCUCCGGAAGCAUUCCCAUUACUAUCGGAAGGCUAAAGGAGUUGAAUCUGAUUCAUCUCAGACAAAAUGAUCUAUCCGGUGAAAUUCCCGCCAGCUUAGGUAACUGCAAGCAACUUGAUACCCUGGAUUUGGCAGAUAAUCGUCUCUCUGGUAGCAUCCCUGCAACUUUCGGGUUCCUUGAAUCACUGAAACUGUUCAUGCUUUACAACAAUUCCCUCCAAGGUAAUCUUCCUGAGGAACUAGCAAAUAUCGCCAACCUGACUAGAGUGAACCUCUCUAACAACAGAUUGAAUGGCACAAUCGUUCCCUUGUGUAGCUCGAAUUCUCUUCUUUCUUUUGAUCUCACUAACAACUCAUUUGACUCUGAAAUUCCUCCCCAGUUGGGGAAUUCACGUUCCCUUGAUAGAUUAAGACUGGGGAACAACAGAUUUUCAGGAAACAUCCCUUGGACAUUAGGAAACAUCACUGAGCUCUCACUCCUAGACCUCUCUGGCAAUUCACUCACCGGGCCCAUACCCAUGGAACUCUCAUUUUGCAAGAAACUCUCCCAUAUUGAUCUAAACAACAACCUUCUUUCUGGGUCAAUCCCAACGUGGCUAGGAAGCUUGCCUCUGUUGGGUGAGCUCAAGCUUUCUUCCAAUUUACUUGUUGGCCCUCUUCCUGAUCAACUGUUCAACUGUACCAAUCUCCUGGUUCUUUCCCUUGACGUCAAUUCCUUGAAUGGGACUAUACCUCCUGAAAUUGGAAAUCUUGAGUCCCUCAAUGUCCUUACUCUCGACCACAACAGGUUUUCUGGACCAAUCCCCUCAGACAUCAGCAAGUUGAGCAAGCUUUAUGAGCUCCGGCUCUCAAGGAACAGCUUUGAUGGACAAAUUCCGAUAGAGCUUGGACAGCUCCAGAAUCUACAGAUUGUUUUGGACCUCAGCCACAACAAUCUUACUGGUGAAAUCCCACCUUCCAUUGGCACAUUAUCAAAACUUGAAAUCCUUAACCUGUCUCACAAUAACCUUGUUGGUGAAGUCCCUCCCCAAGUUGGGGAGAUGAGCAGCCUGGGCAUGCUUGAUCUGUCUUACAAUAAUCUUCAAGGCCAAUUGGACGAGCAAUUCUCACAUUGGCCAGCUGAGGCCUUUGCAGGGAACCUUGGCCUGUGUGGGGAUCCUCUCAGUCCCUGCAGCAACUUGCUACAGUCACACCGUAGCCACUCUGGGCUUAAUGCAUCGUCAGUGGUGGCAAUAAUAGCUGUUUCAACUUUUGUCGCCAUUGUUGUGAUGGUACUUGGAGUUUCACUCUUGAUCAAACAUAAGCACCAAUCCUUCAGAAGAGACCGGGAAGUGAACUGUGUACACUCCUCGAGCUCUUCCAUGCAGCGGAGACUACUAUUCCGACAUGGUGCCAUGAGGCGAGAAUUCAAAUGGAGUAACAUCAUGAAAGCCACCGGCAACCUAAGCGAUGAGUACAUGAUUGGAACAGGUGGGUCUGGGACGAUUUACAAGGCAGAGUUACCAAGUGGAGAGACAGUUGCAGUAAAGAAGAUACUGAGCAAGGAUGAUGUCCUUUUGGAUAGGAGCUUCACAAGGGAGAUUCGGACACUGGGGAGGAUAAGGCAUAGACAUCUGGUCAAGUUGUUAGGAUGCUGUAGUAACAAAGCCGCAGGGUCGAAUCUGUUGAUAUACGAGUACAUGGAGAAUGGAAGUUUAUGGGAUUGGUUGCAUAAUCCUUUUGCGAAUAGCAAGAAGAAGAAAAACCUUGAUUGGGAGAUGCGGCUCAGGAUUGCAGUUGGGUUGGUACAUGGAGUGGAAUAUCUUCACCAUGACUGUGUACCAGUGAUUAUUCACAGGGACAUCAAAUCAAGCAAUGUACUUCUGGAUGCAGACAUGGAAGCACACCUUGGGGAUUUCGGCCUGGCAAAGCUGCUCAUUGAGAACCAUGACUCGGAGUGCACUGAGUCAAGUUCUUUGUUUGCAGGGUCUUACGGUUACAUUGCACCAGAGUAUGCAUACUCGAUGAAGGCGACGGAGAAGAGUGAUGUGUACAGCAUGGGUAUCGUGUUGAUGGAGCUGGUGAGUGGGUGCACGCCCACUGGUGGAACUUUUGGAGCAGAUAUGGACAUGGUGAGGUGGGUGGAGUCACGCAUUGAAAUGCCAGGAGCUGAACGAGAGGAGUUAAUAGACCCUUCACUGAAACCACUCUUACCAGAUGAAGAAUGUGCCGUAUUCCAAGUGCUUGAUAUUGCUUUGCAGUGCACGAGAACUGCCCCAGCAGAAAGACCAUCAUCCCGGCAAGUGUCAGAUCUCCUCCUUCACAUAUCCAACUCCUCAGAAAAGAAGACGACUAGGACUCCGCAGAAGCAAUAGAUGAAAACUCCCAGUUUAGAACAGGUUACAGAAUCGAUUUUCGGCCAGUUUUUUCUUCACUUUCAGUCUCUGGUUUUUGCUCUCACUCAACCUUUGUUUGAUGAUCCCUCUUUAUGCUGUAAAUCAGCAAUGCUUCUUCCACAGCUCUCAAUUCUGAGAAUUUGACAUGGCUCCAUUCAUAUUCCAUUUAGUUAACGUUAUAGUGAGUGAUGCAUAUAGAUAACAAAAGAAAUUCGAGGAUAUUUACCUAAUGGGAGUUUCUGCGUGCUAAUUAAUGCAUACCUAAGCUGUGGUAAAAAGAUGUAGAUCUUCCGAAGGAAUCUGGGUUCAUAUGUAUAAUUAAAAAAAUCUCUGAGAUGAGAUUCGAAAGAUCAAUGUUGGGUGGCUUAAUCCACCUUGUGAUAUUGUAUUUUUAUAAUGAUGAAUGCAGAUUACAGUGGACUGUUAAAGAUAAGAAUAAGAUAUUCAAUUAGUUAUGGAU